CGCCCCCCGGCCCAGCGGCGCCGCGAGGGACGCGGCGCGGCCGCCCCGGGCCCGCCGGCCAUGGAGCCGCCGCCGGCCGCCGAGCCACCGCCGGCCGCCGCUCGCCAGGUAGAAACAGAUGACCAAAUAGCCCUCCUUAGUAAGCCCAGGAAUAAAGGAGGAAACAGUGAUCUGGCAUCAGCUGGAUUUAACAUUAUUAAUUCAAUCAUAGGAUCAGGCAUUAUAGGAUUGCCAUAUUCGAUGAAGGACGCUGGUUUUCCUCUAGGAAUACUGCUUUUGUUUGUGGUUGCCUUAAUCACAGAUUAUUCCAUUAUAUUACUGAUCAAAGGAGGAAAUCUGUCCAGUACCAAAACCUAUCAAGAGCUGGUCAAAAAAACCUAUGGUCUUGUAGGUUAUCUAAUCCUUUCAGUUCUCCAGUUUUUAUAUCCAUUUAUUGCUAUGAUCAGUUACAACAUAAUAACAGGAGACACUUUAACUAAAGUUUUUCAGAGAAUUCCUGGAGUUGGGGUGGAUAACGUGCUUACCGACCGUCACUUCAUAAUUCUUCUUACCACCAUCAUCUUUACCUUACCUAUAUCUUUAUAUCGAGACAUAGCAAAAUUGGGAAAGGUAUCUCUUCUUUCUCUGGUUCUAACCGUUGUCAUCCUGGUUGUUGUGAUGGUGAGAGCAGUAACCUUCAGUCCACAAGUACCCAAAUCAGAAAAUGCAUGGAUAUUUGCAAAGCCAAAUGCAGUACAAGCCGUUGGGGUGAUGUCAUUUGCAUUCAUCUGCCACCAUAACAGCUUUUUAAUAUAUGGGUCUCUGGAAGAACCCACAUUAAAGAAUUGGUCUCAAGUCACACAUAUGUCUGUGGCCCUUGCUCUUAUCAUCAGUGUAGCAUUUGCUGCCAGUGGAUAUAUGACUUUUACAGGAUACACAGAAGGAGAUAUAUUUGAAAACUACUGUAGAGAUGACAACCUUGCUACCUUUGGAAGAUUUUGUUAUGGAGUGACUGUAAUUCUGACCUUCCCCCUUGAAUGUUUUGUGACCAGAGAGGUGAUUGCCAAUGUGUUUUUCCAUGGAAACCUCUCAACAGUUUUGCAUAUUAUUGUGACAGUAGUUAUCAUUGCUGUGGCGACUGGUGUGUCAUUAAUGUAUGAUUGCCUUGGAAUAGUUUUAGAGCUGAAUGGAGUUUUGAGUGCUACCCCACUUGUUUUUAUCAUCCCAUCAGCGUGUUACCUAAGGCUGUCCAAGGAGCGCUGGAACCAUCCAGAUAACCUCAUAUCCUGCCUGAUUCUUGUUCUUGGUGUGCUAGUGAUGGCAGUUGGGUUUGUCAUGACUGUCUUGCAUCCCCAGGAAUGUAGCCAUGGAAAAGAAAUGUUCUACUGCUCCCCCAGUAAUGCUUCUUUACACAACAGCACACUUCCACCGUAGGUAUUUACUUACAUACUUGAUUUUAUGCUGCCAUCCUUUUUCGGGUGAGACUUCAGUUUUAACUGUUGAAACACAAAAUCUCAGAGGUGCCUUUCAGUAGACAUUACUUGAAUAACUUGCAAGCCUACCAAAAAGAUUGCAUUUUUUAACCUUAGUCUGCAAUGCUGUUUAAAAGCGAUAAAUUAAAUGUUUUGGAAUGUAAACCUUUCCCAUGUUUCCUUGAUUUAAAUUAGUUUUUAUUCAUUUUAUAAUAUUUCAAGUGUAUUUAUUAGCACACUAUAGUAUGGGGGUUUUUUGAAGUCCUGAGAAAAAGUAUUUUUGGAUCUCUGUGUACUACAAUUCUGCUCUUAAAUUAAUAGACCCUUAUUAAUUCUGUCUUAGAUUUUGCCGUGACUGUCCUUUAGAGCUGAAAGGACCGUCUUCCCUUUUACUGGAUCUUGAGUCAAAAGAAAUUAUUUGUUCUGACUAAACUGUGAUGGAUACAAUUUAAUUGUAACUGUUACAAUAGGUGGUGUCGUAAUUAAAAGAUAUUGCACAAAUAAAUCCACAAGAGUGGAUUUCAAAAGAUUGGCAGUCUUUGUAAAAAUUUCAAGAUUGACGAAGAAGGAAAUUACAUUGCAGCUCAAUUCUUACAUUUAUAAUAUUAUUCAUUAUUUCUGAAACUGAAUUGAAAGUAAUAUUCUAAACCUGAUUAUCAUUCUAGUCCUCUGUUGUUUUUCAGUAUAUGACUAACGAUUUUGACAUGAUUUGUCAAAUUUUGGUGAUUUGUUAUGUUUUCCAAAAUUCAUCCAACAUAAAGGAUUCAUGUAUAUAUACGUAUGUGUAUAAAUAUACAUAUAUACAUAAGUAUAUAUAAAAAUAGACUCACAUGCCUAUAGAGUAGGACUAAUUUGAGGUUGAGUAAUAUGAGUAUCCUCAGUCAUAUCAAUGCUGUCAUUUUGAAAAUGUUUUGUUACCAAAUCAAAAUGUGUACUUGAGUUAAUUGUUGCAUUAUUGUGAUCCUAGUGGUUCCUCAUGCCAGCUAGAUGUGUAAUGCUGCUUCAUUUUUAUGCUGCUUAAUGGGGAUGGGUUUUGUCUUCAUCUUGCAUGACAAAGAUAUGUCAUUCAAGACUUCCAGCUAAACAAAUGUGCAAGCAAGGGUCACUAAUACUUAUGAUAAUACUUGUGAGAAUAACACACUUUUUAAAAGUAGUGCUUCCAAAAUAAAUGCUU